AUGACUGACUACAACCAAGGCUGCAAGAUCACCCUCUACUGGCUCGAGCAAUCUCGAAGCCACCGCAUCCUGUGGCUGCUGGAAGAACUCAAACUGCAGUAUGAGCUGAAGACUUUCAAGCGCCGCUCCGACAAGCUCGCACCCGCAGAGCUCAAGGAAGUGCACGCCCUCGGCAAGUCGCCCAUUGUUACAGUCGAGGCCCCGGGCUCCGACAAGCCUAUGGUCCUGGCCGAGUCUGGCGCCAUCGUUGAGUACCUGUGCGAUCACUUCGGUAAAGGGAACCCUACCUUGGUUCCCGAGCGGUAUGUGGCCGGUCGCGAGGGCCAGGUCGGCGGAGAGCGCGAGGAGUGGAUGCGCUACCGGUAUUUCAUGCACUACACCGAAGGCAGUCUGAUGCCCUUCCUGGUGAUGACCCUCGUCAACGACACCAUUCGCAACUCCCCUCCAUUCUUCGUUCGGCCCAUCACCAGUAUCGUGGCCUCGCAGGUUGAGGCUGCCUUCUUGACCCGCAACGUUGAGGGUAACUUGGCGUUCCUGGAGGAGCAGUUGAAGACUGCCCCUGAAGGCGGUCCCUUCCUCUGCGGUAAGGACUUGACCGCGGCGGAUAUCCUGAUCAGCUUCCCGGUGAUCGCUGCCGGUGGGCGAGUGCUGCAGGAGAAGAAGAACCGGGAAAAGUAUCCUUUGUUGGCAGGUUAUGCGAAGAAGCUGCAGGAGGUCGAGGGCUACAAGAAGGCCGUGGCCAAGAUUGAGGCGGUCGAGGGAACCUUCUCAGCCUCGAUUUACACCGCAAUCAUGGCCGGCCCCAGCAAGUCCCUGAUCCUUGACCCGGCCCUCCAGAAAUACUACGAACUCAACGCCAACCGCUACAAGUACUGGCGCUGGAAUUCCCGCCAUGCCUGGCUCUCUCUCAUCUAUAUGGUUGCCAUUCCCGGCGCUCUGACCUGGGCCGCCUACAAGACCGAUGGCAAGUACGAGCUCCGCGGCAAGCGCAGAGGUGAUACCAUCUCGGAGUGGUAA